AUGGGUGAUACGAAUGGACAAGUUGUAGCUGGUAGUAAUGGCCAAGGAAAUCGAUUGGAUCAAUUGGAUCGACCAACUGAGGUGUUGAUCGACAAAGAGACUGAUAGUCUCAUUAUUUGUGAUCGAGGGAAUCGACGAGUCGUUCGAUGGUCUCGUCGUAGUGGUACAACUCAAGGAGAAAUCCUCAUCGACAACAUCAAGUGUUGGGGAUUGGCCAUGGAUGAUCAGAGAUAUCUCUACAUCUCUGACACCGACAAACAUGAAGUAAGACGAUAUCAAAUAGGAGACAAGAAUGGAACUCUCGUGGCUGGUGGCAAUGGCAAUGCUACUAGUCUCAAUCAACUCAACUGGCCGGCCUACAUCUUUGUUGAUCAACAACAGACUGUCUACGUGUCAGACGAGGAGAAUCAUCGUGUAAUGAAAUGGAAUAAAGGUGCAAAAGAAGGAAUUAUCGUCGCUGGAGGUCAAGGCACAGGGAAUGCUCUGACACAAUUGUCGCAUCCUCAAGGACUAUUCGUCGAUACAUUGGGUACCAUCUAUGUGGCAGACUCGUGGAAUCAUCGAGUGAUGCGUUGGCCUAAAGGAGCGAAACAGGGCACUGUCAUUGUGGGUGGAAAUGGUUACGGAGGAGGAGCAAAUCAGUUCAACUAUCCCUGGGAUUUUAGAACACUUUAUGCUAAAACAAUGGAUGUGAUUCAUACAUUAGAUUUAAAAAAAAUGAAUACUCGUUGUUAUACUUAUCAUACGAUUCGUAAACAUAAAACUCAAUUAGGUAAACAAUAUUUUGUUGCAUUAUCAUGA